AUGCAUAUCACAACUUGUGCACUCAGCGCCUUAAUUCUUCUGGUUGCGAUCGCCUUACCCACUACAAUAGGUAAGCGACGCUUAAGUUCAGCAGACAACCUUAAUGAGCAACGUGCUCUUCUUGGCGGCCGUCAACAGCCAAUAGUGUACUCUCAACCUCAGUGCGUUUGUGCACCUGGACCGCCGGGUCCAAUCGGACCACCAGGACAGACGGGAUUGCAAGGAAAUCGUGGUGACAAAGGAGACGAAGGCUUACCUGGACCAGCAGGACCGCCAGGACCAACUGGACAACGAGGCUUGCCCGGUAGACCAGGUAUUCCCGGUCCGAUUGGACCGCCUGGUCGUCGCGGCAGACGUGGUUUCCCUGGUGAACGAGGACCUGCCGGACCAACUGGUCCAACGGGACCCACAGGACCAACCGGACCUGCUGCAUCAACCUCUGGUCGUUCGUUGGAUACACGUACGGGGGAUCUACAUGCAGCUCUGCCGGAUUAUGACAUACACGUCGGAGAAGAGGACGAGGAUAUUGAUGAUGAUGAAGAUGAAGAGUAUUUUGAUGAGAGAAAACGAAAGUGA